GUCAAAAACGUGAUUGAGUGUUUUUCAAUGUUGUGAUAUGUUUAUGUCAAUAUUGAACUUAACUCUUUUGGUAUAUUCAAUAUACAUUUUUAAAGAAAUCUUGGGUGUACGACUUAACAGAAAAAAAGAGUGGUUUAACUAUAUUUAAAUUCAACUCGGCAUGGCCUUUAAAAUGAACUACAGUUUCGAAGGAAAUUCCAAAUCUAAACCGGAACAAAACCUAUCCGGCGCAAGCAAGAAACUAUCGAGAGACGUCUUAUUACAAAAAACACAAGAAGAGCGUCGAAAUCGACAUGAACAAAGGUUAAAACUUCAAAGUGCCAAACUGCUACAGUCUCAUAUACGGAGCUACAUAGUCAGGAAACGCGUCAAACACGCCGAGAGGCAGCAGUACGACUCCGAAGCCAUGUUACACAAACGGCUAGCAAAACUUUUAUUUUUUUUCGACAAAAACCAGGACAUUUUUCGACUGUAUGAGCUCGCCCAUCAGUGUGUGGCCCAAAAAGAUGUGGUAGAACGGCAAAUGGAACUGGAUACAUUCUUCGCAUGGUCAAUAAAGAGAUUACUAGUUUUGUGUUUGAAAAAUUGUUUCGAUCAUCGGUUUUUGGACGUGACCCUCUCUGCACUGAAUGCUUUCGCUCAUGAUUCGCAGACAGUGUUUUACUUAAUAAAGAAAGGGUACUUUACAUAUUUACGAUCCGCGCUUGACAGCGUUCAAGGUACACAACUUGAACAAAUCAUUGUACUUAUUAGUAAACCAUUCAAGUUUUUAAACGAUUACGGGCCCUCCCAAGAUCUAGUGAUGUUCGAGUUUUGCAACAGUUUCCUCAAACCCACAAUCACUGCAAACGUCAAGUUUAACCUAUUCCCGUAUCUGAAGCUACGCCUGGACGUAAAUUACUACGAGAAGAUUAUAAAUUAUUUAAAUAAUAGUUACGAUUUUGAUGGUGGUAACAACCUGUUUUACAGCAUAUUGUUGCUUGAGCCAGACAAUUACGAGCCCAAUUUGGAUAGCAUACAGGUGUUGGCCGCGCUCAGCAAAUAUAUUUACACUUUAAAGCCUCUCUCGGACUUGACCCAUGAUGACAGCGAUGACGAAGACGAGGAUAGAGAUAUGGAACAGCAAAUAUUGCUUUCCGAUUAUCUUCAUAUACUGAAUAAACCCGAAAAGGUGCGCAAGUGGAUAAAUUUUUUUGAGGCGAAUUUUGACAAUCGCGACGUGCUGCUGGCGUUCGUCAAACUAUGCCAAAAUUUGCUGCUGGUUUACAACAAUUCCAUCAGGAAAUACCUGUUGUUAUACAAGCUGGGCUUGAACGGCACGUUCCUCGGCAGCCUGUGGCGCGACAUUCGGAAAAAAGUGACCGAUUUACAGUUGAAAGGCUCGUCGUUGGUAACGUGGAAGAGCGGCUACUCGGUCCUGGCCGUAUUCUGCGACGUGUUCACCUUUUACACGGAAAACCUGACGGACAAGGAGAACUGCGACACGAGCGAUACCUUCUCGCAGCAGGACCUGGAGGAAAUGUCGAAACUGCUCAAAGAGACCGUCGUCGAUCUGAUAGACGUCGCGUACCCCAUGUGCAGGUCGAGCGCCGUGACGGCGACCUUGGAAAUCACCCACUUGUAUAGGGCGUGUUUGACGUGUGUGAGGAUACUGUACAUGCUCGACAUGCGCAAACACUACUGCCCGUCUGGCUUCUGGACCAGGAGAAAAUUUCACGUUUCUCUGGACCUGGCAAGGAAAAAUUACCUCUGCAAACCAAACCGUCCGUUCGGGGGGCUGGCGGCGACCAUGACAAGCUACGCGGACGAAAAUGAACACCUCCCGCCCAUGUCCACCAUAGAACAGCGGUCAUUGGCCAUCCUCCAAGAACUGCCAUUUCUGAUACCGUUCAAUACGAGGGUUCUGCUGCUGCGCGACCUGUGCCGCUACAGUGUCGGCGAAAACGACUACCAGCGGAUAUACCACCAACUGAUGAACGACAACACGAUAGUGAUCAGGCGGAACUACCUCUAUGAGGACGCGUUCGAAAAGAUCUCGACGAAGAGUGAGACGGAUUUUAAGCGCCGCCUCAGGAUUCAGUUUGUCAACAAUAUCGGUCUCGAGGAAGCCGGCAUCGACGGCGGCGGUAUCUUUAAAGAGUUCAUCAACGAGGUGCUGAAAACCGCGUUCGACCCGAACAGAGGAUUCUUCCUGAUGACGGCCGACAACGCCCUCUAUCCGAACCCGAACGUCCACCUGAUAGUGUCCAACUUCGCCGAUCACUACAACUUCAUCGGGCGGCUGGUGGGGAAGGCCAUAUUCGAGAACAUCCUCGUCGACCUUCCGCUCGCGGAAUUUUUCUUGGCGAAAUUGCUCGUGGACAGGGCCAGCGCCCAUUAUCUAAAAUCUCUCGAUCCGAUCCUCUACCGGAACUUGCUCUACCUGCGCGAUUAUUCCGACGGGGACGUGAGCGAUUUGGGACUCGACUUCACCGCCGUCAACAACGACCUGGGCGAGACGACGAUCGUCGAACUGAAACCUAACGGUCGCAACAUCCCGGUGGUGAACGAAAACCGCCUGGAGUACAUCCAGAGACUGGCCGACUUUAAGCUCAACGCGCAGCUGAAGAAGCAGUGCGCGGCGUUCCGCGAAGGGUUGAACAGCUUCGUGCCGUUGUCGUGGCUGAAGCUGUUCAAUCACCGGGAGCUGCAGGUUAUCGUAUCGGGAGACACCCAAGAGAUCGACCUCAGCGACCUGCGCGCGCACACCGUCUACUCCGGAGACUUCACCUCAGACCACCCGACUGUUCUCCUCUUCUGGAAGAUACUUUACGGUUUCACGGAACUACAGAAGAAGCAACUGCUCAAGUUCGUGACAAGCUGUUCGCGGGCACCCUUGCUCGGUUUUAAGGAACUCAAUCCGCAGUUUUGCAUCCAGUCGUCCGGCACGGAGAACCGAAUGCCCACGGCUAGUACCUGUCUAAAUCUGCUGAAGAUACCCGUGAUACGGGAGGAGGAAACGUUGCGGACGAAAAUACUCGCAGCCAUCGAACAGAAUGCAGGCUUUGAGCUGUCUUAGACCCCCUCAAGUGCAAAGUGAGGUUAGAUCUACUGUGAACUUACUGACAAUGAUUGUUCUACAUGUUACAGUCUGUUAUUAUAUUACCGUGUAAAUAGCGCGAAAUAAAUUAUUUUUCAAAAAAAUCACGGGCCAUUUACCUACAAUAGGUGUUUUCU